ACAAGUUGCAUUCUUGGUAAUGGCGGAAGUGACAGGCCUGAGGCGUCUCGUCUCUAAGUUUAUUUGCUGUUAUGCAGACGAUGAUCCGAUUGAAUACGAACCGUAUGUGUACAUUCCAGCGAAUAGUUACAGCUACUCGCAGGUUACGAAAAUUACCAACAACUUCAAUAGAGUUCAUGGAAAAGGAGGGUUUGGUGUAGUUUACCAUGGAGUUUUUAAAAACCAACAAGUAGCAGUAAAGAUGCUAAACCGAGCAUCCAUCUAUAACAUUGAACAGUUUACUAGAGAGGUUCAUGACUUUGUAAAAGUUCGUCACAAAAACUUGGUGAGUCUCAUUGGGUAUUGCGAUGACGGUGAGCACUUGGCCUUAAUCUACGAAUUCGUGGCAAAUGGAAACUUGAAGGAUCAUCUAUGUGGGAAGUUUGGCCAUGUCAUUAGCUGGGAAAACAGAUUGAAAAUCUUCAUCGGAGUAGCACAGGGCCUGGAGUAUUUGCAUAGCGAGUUAAGAAUCCUUCACAGAUACGUUAAGCCUACAAAUAUCCUACUAGACGAAAACUUUGAAGCGAAACUGGCUGAUUUUGGGCUGUCUAGAUCCUCACCAACAAACCCUGACAUACAGGCGUCAAACAAGAUUUAUGUUAAACCUGGAAGAGAUCCAUACCUACAUGAUCAAUACUUCAACUCGAACUGGUUAACCAAAACAAGCGACAUUUAUAGCUUUGGCAUCGUUCUUUUGGAGAUGAUAACAAAUCAGCAUGUGGUUGACGUCAACCGUGAAAGUCCUCACAUUUCCAAGUGGGUCGAUCAAAAGGCUACGAAAGGCGAUACUCUAGAGAUGGUUGAUCCCAGGCUUAACAGUGACUUUGAGCCUAACUCAGUCAGGAAAGCUAUGGAGUUAGCACGCGCUUGUGCAGCUCCUGCUAGAAAUAGGCCAAGAAUGAGCCAGGUUGUUAUAGAGCUCAAUGAAUGCCUGGCCUUAGAGAUGGCUCGUGAUCAUGGAAGAACUUGA